AGACGAUUUUCUGUACAAUUUGAGCAUUUCGGAGCAUCACGCACAGAGGCACGGAGGAGCGGAUCUGCUCCUUGUUGAAGGAGCGAUGCUGGGUUUGAAGUCCACGCCGGUUCAGAAAAAUCCCGACCACUAAAGAACCGCGCUCCGUGGAGGAGGAGGAGGAGCAGGAGCAGGAAGAGGAGGAGGAGGAGGCAGCGUCGUCAUCAUGUCCGUAUCCUCGCUGCCCGAGUGGAAGCAGCUGCUGCUGGAGAGGAAGAGGAGGGAGGAGGAGGAGCGGGAGCGCCGGGAGAAGGAGGAGGAGGAGAAGCUGGCCAGCAUGCCGGCCUGGAAGAGGAGCAUCCUCCAGAGGAGGCGGGCCAAGCAGGAGGAGAAGGGCGGCGACGGGGAGGCGCUGAGUGACAGCGAGAGCUCCGCGGGGGUCCCGCCGGGGAGUGAGCGCUCGCUCAGCCCCGACCCCGCCCCCCAGCGGCCAGACCCCGCCCCCCAGCGGGCCGACAAGCUCCUCCACGACCGCGUCUCCAUGGAGACCAUCGUCCCGGUGCACGAGAACCCGUUUGUCCGCACGCAGAGCGGGGGGUGGCGGGGGGGGAGGGAGGGGGGGGAGGCAGCGGGGGGGGGAGGGGGAGAGGGAGAAGCCCGGGGUCAGAGGUCAGGAAGGGCCGGCAGGGAGAGGAGGAGGAGGAGGAGAAAAGGAACGCAACUCUGCCUCCGGACCUUCCGGGUGGAGAACAUCAUCAUCAUCGAGCAGGAGCACCAGAACGCCUUCCAGAGCCGAGCCAGACGAGGAGGAAGAGAUCCCAGGCGGGACCAGAGCCGAGAGGCCGGGCGGGAGGAGGGAGCGCCGCUGCGUCUGGACGCCGCGUCGGGGGAGCGCGGGCACCGGGUCAGCCGGCUGCUGAGCCGCUUCGGCGAGCACCACCACCGCCCCCCCAGCCGCUCCAAGAGCUCCGAGAGCUUCGUGAGGAUCCUCCGGAGCGAGGAGGCGUCCGACGGCAACAGCGAGGACGAGGAGGAGGCCCGGACGCGGGCGGUGAACGGGACGAACUCGGCGCUCCGCGGCGUUCCGAAACGUUCCUUCAGCUUCUCGGACCGAGCCGCGCUCGCCAAGGACAACGGCGUCAACGGUGACGGGCGCCGCGGCGACGAUAAGAAGGGGGUCGAGGGGUCUCAGAGGCUCAAGGAGCCGCAGGGGAACCGCGGAGAUGACCUCGAGGUGUGCGGCAUUCUGGACGCCGGCAGGGGUGGAAAGACGGCGGCGGAGGGGGUCCGAUCUGCUGCACGCCGGACCACCGACAAGGCGCCGCCCCCGGCGGACCGGAGGAGCCUGGAGUCGGCGGACGACGUGGAAGGAGACAAGGGAUUCACGGUGGUCCCGGUCCGGAACACGGAGGGCAUCGCCUUCGCCCGGAGGGUCCCUCUCCGGCUGGAGGGGAGGGCGGCGGUGGCCCGGGCCGUCCAGGGAGCCGGGAAGCCUCCGAGGGAAGACGGCGGCGCCGGAAACGGGAGAGCGGAGCCCGCCGGCGCCGGAGCAGCGCCCCGGCACUCCGGCGACCCGCUCGGGGAAACCCAGCGGGCGUCGAGGGCGACCGACGCCCACCUCUACCGCGACGGCCGCGGCGAGGGGCGUCGGCCCGCCCUGCCGGUGGCGGCGGCGGUGGGGACCCCCCGCGGGCUCCUGGAGAUCCAGAUCCCCCGCACCGUCUUCUACGUGGCGGAGGACCCCGCGGAGAAGAGGAGGAGGAGCUUCCCCGGGGACGAGGGCCGGGACGGGGGCCGGGCUGGCAGGGUUGGGGGUGGUUGUCGGGAUUGUUGUGGUAGUGUCGGUGGCGUUGGUGGGGGUGGUGGUGGCGGAGGUGGGGGUGCUGAUGGGAGUAGUGUUGGUGGAGGCAUGGACGGGGGCGGCGGUUGUCAUGACGAUAGAGGCGUGGCAGUGGAGAGGAGGGACAGCUGGCGGGUGGGGAAGCCCUUGAGUCGUGUGGAAUCCCUGCGAGAGAAGAUCCGACAGAGAGAGCGGGAGAAGCGGAUCGAGAGGGAGAGGGAGGGAGCCAUUGAUCUGGAUCUGGAUCUGGAUCUGGAUCUGGGGGGAGAAGGGGAGAUGGAGAGGGAGAGACCAGGAAUAACCACCGGGAGCGAGACCCUGCAGGACGCAGGGUCCGGGGACGGAGCGGAGACCACCGGUAGCGGCCAGACCCCCAGCGGUGUCCGCUUUGAGGCCGGGGGAGCCGAGCGAGACGAGGAACCAGAAGCGCCCGCGGCUCAGGCAGAGGACCGCUCCGACAAGCAGGAAGCCCUCGCAACGCAGGCCUCCGCUGACGUCACGCAGGAAGUGUGCGCGGUUAAAAAAAGCCCCCAGCUUCCUGUUUCGGGUUCAUUCCGCGCAGCCGUCGCAGACGAGGAAGUCCCGGUCGCUGCAGCAGCGGAGCCUCCCUCUGAACCUCGCCCCGGAGCCCUGCGGUCCUCGUCCGUCGACCACGACGGAGACGGUUACUACGACGACGACGACGGAGACGGGGUGGACCUGCUGCGGCAUGUCGAGGAGGAGCUGAGCAGGCACGUCGGCUGGCACCGAGCGCACGAGGGCGGCGGCGGGGAACGACAAGAAGAAGAAGAGGAGGAGAAGGAGGCGCGAGAGGAGGAGGCGCAGAGGCAGGAAGCCAGUUCCGCCUCGCCGGACUACUCCUCGGAGGGUCUUAGCCCCUCCCCGCCGCCGUGCCUCAGCGCCCCGGGCGAGAUGAGCCGGAUCUACAACGUGAAGGCGGUGAGCGCCACCCGGACCGGCGGGUGCUCCCGGGAGCCGGGAGCGCCGUCGGUGGAGCUGCUCAGGGUGACCCCCCACCUGCCCCCGGCGCUGCUCACACAGCUCCGGGGCGGGGGCGGCGGCGGUGGCGGGGGGUCCCAGGGGGACCUCAAGCCCCGCCCCCCCGGGGACGUGGUGCCCGGGGCGCCAUCGCUGCAGCGGCGCCUGGAGAAGUUCCAGCUGAAGGAGCCGGCGGAGGCGGUGGGCCCCCCGAGAGUCCAUGAACCCAGGGACUGGACGGCGUGUCGGAGGGACCAGGGCACCUCGUCCCCCACGCCCCGACUGCCCGCCUGGACCCAGCGAGCGGGCUCCCCCUCCAACCACCAGGGACCGGCCCAGCCCAGCCCCUCCACCCGGCACGGGACCCCCACCACCGGGACCCCGGACGCCCCCCUCCUCAGGAGCCCGUCGCCCGAGGGGGCUGCGAGGGCGUCCGAGUCCGGCCCCACCCCGUUCUCUUCCCCGGUUCUCUGCUCCCCGGCCCAGUCCCCCAGCACCUCCCCCUGCCCGCCCUGCUCCUCCACCUCCUCCUCCACCACCUCCUCCUGCACCUCCUCCUCCUCCACCUCCUCCUCCUCCACCCCCUCCACCACCCUGUUCUCCGUCAGGAGCUCGUCCAGGGGCCAGGGGAGCCGGGGCGCCACCACCAUCACCAUCUGCCCCAGGAGACCCACUGCAGACGGAGGAGGAGGAGGAGGAGGAGCAGCAGCCGAGGUGACGACCACAGCGACCACCCCGGUCCAGUCUCAAACGUCCAACGACCUGGCGCCCCCCAAGGUGGAACCGAAGAAGAAGAGGUUCCCCAGAGUGGAGGAGAUCGAGGUGAUCGGUGGAUACCAGAACCUGGAGAGGUCCUGUCUCUCCAAGACCAGGGACACCGCCAAAAGAGUGAAGGUGUGUUUCUCCGAGGCCCAGCUGGAGCAGGUGUGUGAGUACCCCUCAGAGUCCUCCAUGAUGGCCGCCGCCUGCCUCCAACCCCCCGACCCCGAGGACCUCAUCCCCCCGGAGAAGGAGGAGGGGGGCUGGUACGAGGAGGAAGAGGAGGAGGAGGAGGAGGAGGGAGGCCUGAGGGGUCCUGAGACGACGGCGACCCGGGUUCUGAAAAUGAGUCUGGCCCUGGGUAGAAGACACGCCCCCCGCCACAUCAUGAGGUCAUCGUCAUGCUCUGCCCAAUAGGAAUGGACCAUGAACUCUUGAGCUGCGAUUGGUCCGAUGGUCCAUAGAAUGCGACGCACGGAUGUGAAAUAUGUCCUGGUUCAGGGUCACCAGGAAUGUUCUUGCAUGAGGGUCAAUGUGGAGUUGAAAUGCAAAGAGUAGGUUUCACGGAAGAAAAUCUAGUUUUAUUGUGUUCAAGGAACGAAUCAAAUCCCAUGUCCACGUUUGUUAUGUCCUAAAGAUUGUUAUGAAGAGAGUUGUGUUUAGUUUCUGGCACUCAGCUUUAGGUACUGGGCGAGGAUCACUUGUCUAUGCAAAGCAGUGUUUUAUUGCGUUUGGCUUCCAAACCCCCUUGUUACAGCUGGGGUAGGCUGUUUUUUUUUCCGAGGCUUUGUUUGAAAUUCUCUUUACAUCGCGACAGCAAUCAAUCAAUCAAAUGAUCGAACAAAAAGAAAGUUAAGAAUAUGGUAUCUGUGGCUUUCGCAGGCUUUCCAAUCCAAUUGGAUUGGAUACUUUCAAAAUCUGGAAUACUCUGCCUGGUUUCCCCAAUUGCCUACCUCAGCUUUAACUGAAGGAGCCUAUGUUAAUUUGAUAGUUCGAUAUUUUAUCUAUAUUUACUGAUCCCUCAAACGACAGCUCAGUAUUGCCUCAGCCUCAUAAAAGUUUUUUAUGUGCCUGAUGGGGGUUCCCAAACAGAUGCUAUAUCCAUGAGAAAUGUUCAAAUGUUCUUGUUUGAAGCCUUUUUGUCCUUUUUGUUUUUCUGUUAGAGUGAUUGCGCCACCUAGUGGUUAGAACACUCUUUAAGGGGCUUCGUUGAGCCUUAACUGUUCUAAGUGAAUCGCGUGGAUCGACGGCUCCGUCUCAGUUAGCUAGUACAUUCAGCAAACAUGGUUAAAAAAAAUGGUAAACACGUUUUAUUAUGCGUAUAUUUCAUUUAUUGUCCUGCUGCAAAAAAAUAAUGUGUGAAAGGGACUUUUGUGUGAACACAUGCAGUUUGCUACAGAAUUGUAUUCUACUGUCGAUCGUAUCGGACUUUGAGUCGAUUUGUGUUUUGUUGUUUUUGUAAAUUAUUGUUUCAUUUUGGUGAAAGAGAAAAGGUGAAUUAUUAAAGUUUUACAGCAUUUCA